AUGGACUGCUCGUUCAAGGUUGGCGAGCGGCGCGACAUCGGCGCCGACAACGUGGCCAACGUGAUCUACCGGCGUAUCCACCUGGAGCGCAAGCGCACCAACCUCAACAAGCGCACCAGCCUCAACAAGCGCACCAACCUCAACAAGCGCACUGCCAUCCGAACUGAAGUCUUCCUAGACGAGUCUUACUGCAAUCUCCACCACGUCGCCCAGCGGACGUGGCUUCUACCCAAGAUUUGCCGCUCACUCCCAUCCGGGAAAGGGCGGCGCUUCUGCAUUACCGGCGCCGGCGCCAUCACGCAAGUCGGUAAGCUUCGCACACGCGGUGAGUGGGUCAAAGGAUCCGUCAAAGUGUGGACCGCUGAUAAAGCUGCCAUUACGUCCGCGGGUGACUACCACGGCGACUUUACCAGUGAAAAGUUUGAGCGGUGGUUUUGGCAGUUGUGUGAGACGCUGCCCGACGAGUACGGCGAGUGUGACAUCAUGAUGGCAUUAUGA